AUGGUCCCCAAAGAGGACCAUCAGUACAUUGGGAUUGUCCAACUGCUUCGUCAUUUCAGGUGGACAUGGAUUGGGAUAUUUUCUGUUGAUAAUAACAAUGGAGAAAAUUUUUUACAAAAAAUGCAGCCUUUACUUUCACAGAAUGGAAUCUGCUCAGCAUUUAUAGAAAGGCUUGCUCAACAACUUCCCAUGGAAAACUUCCCACAACUUUAUCAAACAAUCUCACUUGUCUCCAUUAAUAUGAUGAAUAGCAAAGCCAAAGCAUUUCUGGUCUAUGGAGAAGCCUGGAUAAUUAUAUGGCUAAGAUUUGUCACAUUUAUGGUAGACCCAGAAAGCAAGGAAACUGCAUUACUUAGAAAGGUGUGGAUCAUGACUGCACAGAUUGAUUUUGUAUUAUCAGGAAUUCAAAUCACACUAGAUCUUAAGAUGUUCCAUGGGGCUAUUUCCUUCAGUGUUCAUUCGACAGAAGUUGUAGGUUUCAGGGAAUUUCUUCAGACCAUAAAUCCUCUUUCAGACUACAGAGAUGGGUUUCGGCAAAAUGUCUGGGAACAAUCCUUUGAUUGUUCAUUUCCAAAGCCAGAGUUAGAAGACAUACUCAGUAGGAAAUGCACUGAGGAGAUGAAGCUAGAGGAUCUUCCUGCACCUGUGUUUGAAAUGGAAAUGACUGGCCAAAGUUACAGUGUCUACAAUGCUGUUUAUGCUGUGGCUCAUGCUUUGCAGGCUCUAUACAUGUUCAAUAAAAAGAAAACUACGAUGAGUAAAAAUCCUGAGCUUCCACAACUGCAGUCUUGGCAGCUCCAUUCAUUUCUUCAAGGAAUUUCUUUUAACAAUUCAGCUGGGGAGAGAGUGUUCCUGAAUAAGAAAGGAGAAGCAACAGGUGGAUUCGACAUCACCAACUUCAUCACUUUUCCAAACAGAUCCUUUCAGAGAGUCAGAGUUGGAAAGAUAGAUUUACAGGCUCCAAAAGGGAAAGAAUCGUUCAUUGAUGAAGAAGUGAUUGUCUGGAAUCCAGCUUUUAACCAGGUUCUUCCACUUUCUCGUUGCAAUAACCCUUGUUUCCCUGGAUCUCGGAAGAAAGGAAUUGAGGGGGAUCAGUUCUGCUGCUAUGACUGUGUUCCAUGUCCAGAAGGGAAGAUUUCAGAUAAGAAUGAUGUGGAAGGUUGUUUUGAAUGUUCAGAAGAUCAUUAUCCAAAUAAAAAAAAGAAUGGAUGUAUCCUGAAACUGCUGGUCUUUCUAACUUUUGAAGAACCCUUAGGAAUUGGUUUAGCCUCAGCAGCUCUUUCUUUCUUCUUGUUGACAUCAUGGAUACUUGGAAUAUUUAUUAAGCACAGGAAUACUCCCAUUGUCAAAGCCAACAACCGGUCCAUAAGCUACAUCCUCCUCGUCUCUCUUCUGCUCUGUUUUCUCUCCUCUUUGUUCUUCCUCAGCCAGCCUGGCAAAGUGACCUGCCUUCUCCGACAAUCAAUGUUUGGCAUCACCUUCUCAGUGGCCAUUUCUAGUGUACUGGCCAAAACCAUCACCGUGGUUGUUGCCUUCAUGGCCACUAAACCAGGAUCGCACAUGAGGAGAUGGGUGGGGAAUAGAUUGGCUUUUUGUAUUGUCUUUUCCUGUUCUCUCUUCCAAGUGUGUCUUUGUAUUCUUUGGUUGUUGACAUCUCCCCCAUUUCCUGAGUUGGACAUGAAAUCAGAGCUCCAAGAAAUGAUUUUACAGUGCAAUGAAGGCUCAGCUUUCUUUUUUUAUUGUUUUUUGGGCUACAUGGGUAUCAUGGCUUUUGCCAGCUUUAUUGUGGCUUUUUUUGCCCGUAAAUUACCCCACAGCUUUAAUGAAGCUAAGUUCAUCACCUUCAGCAUGUUGGCCUUUUGCAGUGUGUGGAUCUCCUUCUUUCCAGCCUAUCUGAGUGCAAAAGGAAAAGCCAUGAUAGUUGUGGAGAUCUUCUCCAUCUUAUCCUCCAGCACUGCAUUAUUGGGAUGCAUAUUUCUGCCAAAGUGCUACAUCAUUGUUUUGCGGCCAGACCUCAACCAAAGACAGCAACUCACAAAGAGAAAUUAG